AUGGUUGUGGAGAUGAAGCAAGGCUUCCAGGCAGCUCUACAAGAGCUGGCCAAGAUACAGGACAAGGAGGAAACGGAAGGCAGUCACAGCAAACAGCUGCAGCAACAGCAGCAACGACAGCUGGACCAUAUGACAGAAACAAUUGUGGAGAUUAAGCAACAACUAAGUUCCCUCACCAGAAAUGUUGAGCAGAUCAUGGGUGAGCAGGAGACGUUGAAGUCACGCUUGGACGAAGUUUCUAGUAGAGAUGGCUCUCAAGAAAACAAGAUGUCUGUCGACAAGAGCAG